CCUCUCCCCUGCCUGGCUGCUGCAAGCCGAGUGCGGAAGUGGAAACGGCACUGUGCGGUGCUCAGGGUUCCGCCUGUGGACGGCUUGCCAGAUCCGCCCGCCGACGCAGCCGCUGCCAGCCCCGACUGACUGAACCGUUUUCUACUCCGCAGACGCCCCCGGGGAGAGAUGGCUGGACGGUUACCGGCGUGUGUUGUCGACUGCGGCACCGGUUACACCAAACUGGGGUAUGCAGGGAACACAGAGCCACAGUUCAUCGUUCCAUCAUGUAUCGCCAUCAAAGAGUCGGCCAAGGUCGGAGACCAGGCCCAGCGGAGAAUGAUGAAGGGGGUGGAUGACUUGGAUUUCUACAUUGGAGAUGAAGCAGUAGACAAGCCCUCAUAUUCCACUAAGUGGCCGAUCCGUCAUGGGAUUGUGGAGGACUGGGACCUCAUGGAGCGCUUCAUGGAGCAAAUCAUCUUCAAGUACCUGAGGGCGGAGCCCGAGGACCACUACUUCCUCCUGACAGAACCUCCUCUCAACACACCAGAGAACCGAGAGUACACAGCGGAGAUCAUGUUUGAGUCCUUCAACGUACCAGGGCUGUACAUCGCUGUGCAGGCCGUGCUUGCUCUGGCGGCCUCUUGGACAUCCAGGCAGGUGGGAGAGAGGACGCUGACGGGCACCGUCAUCGACAGUGGAGAUGGUGUCACCCACGUCAUCCCUGUGGCUGAAGGUUACGUCAUUGGCAGCUGUAUAAAGCACAUCCCCAUCGCAGGACGAGACAUCACCUACUUCACCCAGCAGCUCCUCAGGGAGAGGGAGGUGGGCAUCCCACCCGAGCAGUCACUGGAGACCGCCAAGGCGGUGAAGGAGCGCUACAGCUAUGUGUGCCCAGAUCUCGUCAAGGAGUUCAACAAGUACGACACGGACGGCUCCAAGUGGAUCAAGCAGUACACAGGCAUCAACGCCAUCAGCAAGAAGGAGUUCACCAUCGAUGUUGGCUACGAGCGCUUCCUGGGACCUGAGAUCUUCUUCCACCCCGAGUUUGCCAACCCUGACUUCACCCAGCCCAUCUCUGAGGUCGUGGACGAGGUCAUUCAGAACUGCCCUAUCGAUGUCAGGCGCCCUCUCUAUAAGAACGUUGUUCUGUCGGGAGGCUCCACUAUGUUCAGGGACUUUGGCCGCCGUCUACAGAGAGACCUAAAGAGGAGUGUUGAUGCCCGACUGAAGAUGAGCGAGGAGCUGAGUGGAGGCAAGCUCAAGCCAAAACCAAUCGAUGUCCAAGUCGUCACUCAUCAUAUGCAGAGAUAUGCCGUGUGGUUUGGUGGAUCAAUGUUAGCAUCAACUCCUGAGUUCUACCAGGUUUGCCACACCAAAAAGGACUAUGAGGAGAUCGGACCGAGCAUCUGUCGCCACAACCCCGUGUUCGGAGUCAUGUCUUAACUUUGGACCUCCAGAGUCUCACAGAAGAAGGGAGAGGGAGGAUCUGGGCUGGGUUGGGUCAUAUCGGGUGGGUUGGGUUGGGCUGGGGGAUUGAUGGAAGUUAUGCGGUAUAAAGGUCAGGCUCAGGAGGUGGGACGAUGGUGGCGCUUCUGUGCUUUUUGAUUAUAUGUUUAGCUAUGGAUGUGUGGGACGCUAAGGAGAUCCAGAAUAUUAAAAAGAGAAAAGAGACCAGACCAAAAUAAGGCCGUCUGGAAAUUUUAUUGUGAAUGUUCCUUUUUCUUUCUGUUUUUCUUUAUAUUCUCAAAAUGAGGGAAAAUGGUUUGUAAGCCAAAAUAAUUUCAAGAGCAUUUCUGGAUCUGUGGAGCAACAUGCAGUGAGUGAUGAUGAAGAUGAUGACGAUGAGGAUGAUGCAAGUAAAGGUGGUGUUGGUGGAGGCCUAAGAUGAUGACCGUAACAUUGAUAGUAAUUUCCUGACACCAGAACAUAUUAUUUAUGUUUAUAGAACACGAGUCCAGGCACGACCCGACGACGACUGGAGAUCAUUGACAAGUUUAGAACAUAUUAUUGUCUACUUUUAAUUUCUGCAAAUGAUUUCCGCUUCAAAUGCAACAUGACUGUGUAUCACGACAAGAGCUUGUUUAUAUUUCAUACAAACGUUUUUAUAUGUAAAACUAUGGGAAACCAGGGGUAAAAAAAAAAGUAAUGGAUUACAAUAUGAACAAGAGACUGUUUUAACCCAUGAUUCAGCUUCGAGACGCAGUAUUCGUUUGGGCGGCAGAACUACUGCUCCCCAUGUGUCAUCGCCGUCUCCCCUUUAAUUCUUCAUAAAUUGGUUCACAUCUGCUUUCACUUCAGACAGUGUCGGGCUUCCUUUCUCUGAUGCAGUGAAAGGAAAGAGACAGGACUUACCGAGGUUACACAAAUGAAACAAUAAGAACAACUGUCAGACCAGUAUUGUUAGACUAGAAGUUUUUUUUAAUUAUUAUUAAAUACCAAAUUAUUAAGGUAAUGGAAUUUGUGUAUUUAAUGCCUUGCAACAUUCCAAUAAAGGCUCAAAUUUGUUUCUA